GCUGUUCCCGCACGACGGGUGCCCGAGAGGCGUUUGUACCGCGUCCAACGGCGUCGCUCGUCGCGGUGGCCAGCGCUCGGCGGCAGCGUCUAAUCAGCGAUCAGUCGGUAGUUGCGCCACCGCCGCUGCCGCCGCCGCCGCCGCCGUUGCCGACUUUCCGUUUGUUCUCGACGUUUUCUUGUCCGUCUACUUUGUCCCCGAGCAGAGUAAACACGCAGCAACACGUUCCAGAAGCCGUAAUUAUUCGUCUCCGGAUUUUUCACGAGGCGUUCAACUACGUAAUAAUAAUAUUAUCAUCACUGCGAUCGCGUUUACCGAUCUGAUUGCGGCCUUUGUUUUUGGUCGCUGCGCUGUGGAAUGUCGAUUUUCCUACGAGCAGUCGUCCAAAGUCCCCGCGCUAAGUUCCGUAUAAUGUCUAUGCACGAUUCGUCUCCCGGUCUCUGCACGAUUACAAUUCAUGUUUUAUGAUGUACUCUCCGGCAACACAACGAUUUUUAUGGGUAGGUAAUAAUAUAUUAACUAAAUGAACAUGAAGCCGGUUAAAUCUAUGAGACUAAUGUUGUGUUCCUUUACUGAUUAUACACAAUUUAUGGUAUUAGAAAAAAUUCCGAGAUAUUAACUAAGCAACCAUGAAGUCAGCUGAAUCAGUGAAAUCAAUGCUGUGUUCCUUAUUUGAUUAUGAACCAUAUGUAUCCUUAGAAAGAAUUGAGAUUCCUAUAUGGAUGGAAAAUGAACAGAAGAAUAACAAGCUUACAAAUGAAGUACCUAAACGUUUGAAACUAAAAACUGAAGUAACAGAAGAGCUUACAAAUGGAGAACCUAACUGUAAAAAAAUAAAAACUGAAGAUGAAGAUAAAGAGUUUGAAAUUCCAAAAUUAAUACUAUCAAAGGAUGGCAAUACAUUUAAAUCAAAACUUAAAUAUUCUAAAUUACAUAAAUCAGGAAAUUCUCAUCUCAAAUCACUUCCUGAACGAUUGAAUUCAACAAAUGAGGCCAAUUCUUCAAAUGAUGAAAAACGUAUAAUAAUAAACCAUAAUGACAAAGAGGGAACCACAGAAAUCAAGGGGUCUUUAUUAGGUAAAAUCAAAAUACGUGAUGUAGAUACAAUAAAUGCAGAUUAUGCUAAAAUUAGAAGUAACAUAAAGUAUUUUCGUACAGAAAAAAUAGAUAUUUCACAAACUAAUGCACCUUUCGUUUUUCCAUCAUUAGGCACUAAGAAAUUAACAUUACUAUGUUUUGAACAAUUACAUAAAAAAUACUUCAAUAAAACUGUACAAGAUACUUUGGUUAUUAAUAACAACAUACUAUUUAUGAAUAUGUUAACAAACAUGCAUUGUAUAUCACGAGUAAAUUUGAUAUUAAGUUGGAAAGACAAACAUGUUAUGACUCAGAAAGUUCAUAAGCUAUCAGUCCUGUACAUUAAUUAUUUUAAAAAACUUGAUAAAAUGUUGCAAACAAAUAUUAUUAAUUUAAUAUCAAUUUUUGAAGAUUCCGACUACGAACAUGGAUUUUUAAUGAUUAUUUUAAGCUUAUUCAUUGGUCUUAAAAUGUUAAGUAGUAAUAUAUUUCAGAAAAGUAAUGUUUUAUUGUCAAAACUUAAAAAAUUACAAUGGGAAGUUACAAAUGAUAAAAAUGUUAAUUACAAUAAAGUCCAAACAACUUUGGAAUCAGAUACAUUUUGUUCUUGUUAUUAUAAAAUAUCAGAAUUAAUCGGAGAAGGUUCUCAUACUGAUCCCAAUAUAGUUGAAUGUUGGAAGUUAUUGUUCAUACCCGCAGUACUUAAAAUUACUUAUUUUCAUUCAGUAGUUGAUGCAAUUAUCAAUGCUACAGAUAUUGAUAAAUUAGAAAAUUUGUUAGAAGAAGCAUCAAAUAGUGUACGUCAAAAUUCUUCUUCAUUAUGUGAAAGUAAAAUCGAAAAUUUAAUUGCAUUGGUGAAUAGUUCAACUCAAAAAAAUAUCAUCAGCAGUCAUAAAAUAACCCAAUCAAGUACCAGUAAAUUAACUGCGAUUGAAAAUACUGAAUCAAUGUCAAUUCUAAAUGUAAAUACUCCAAAUAUUGUUAAUACAAUAUCUUUAAGGAUCAAAGAACCAACUACGACAAUGCCAAAUCACAAGUCAAACGUUUGUGAUAUCAAAAAUACUUCAACUACAGUUCCUAAAAAUUCUAAAGACUGGUUCAAAAAACCGUUUCCUGUUCCAAGUCAAAAUACAUCUACUUCUACAAAAACUUCAGAAUUCCAAGAUGUGAAAAUUCAUUUCGAGGAUUAUUCUAAUAUACAUUUAACAAACAUACCUUCUUUAUCAAUUGCUGACCGUGUGAAAUUACGUAAAACAAGAAAUAGUGUAACCCCCGUGUAUACAACAUCUAAAGUCUCUCGCAAAAAUCUUAGAUCAAUUAAAAGUGAAUAUUUAGAUACCCCUUGUAUCGUUCAUACAAGAAUUUCAAGAUCCUCAAAACUAAAUACAAAUUGUAUUAACCCUCGAAAAAAACGUUUAAAAAAAAUUCAUGCACCUAACUAUGUUAAGCUGAAUGCUAAAAAUACUUCAACUGCAGUUUCUUCAAAACCUAAUGACUUGUUGAAAAUACCCUUCUCAAUUAAAAAUGAAAAUUCAUCUGUUCCACGUGUGUUCUUUACAAUAAACUCGGAAAAAAAUGUCCUUUAUAAGAACUCUCCACUUCUUCCACAUAUAGCUACUACAUCAUUAAUGAAAAAUGAAGAUGUUUGUCGAGUUAAAAAUUGUUCUACUAAAUUUCCAAAAAAUAUUUGCUUAAACAAAACAGUCAACUCUACUAUUAAAACAGUUAAUUUACAACACGGAUUAAAUGGAAACCAAAUGAUUACUAUGCCAAAAGAGCCAUCUGUUAAAAUUAUAUCCAAGACAUCGAGCAGUCAUAAUAAUGGUGUGACUAAAAUAGGAUGCAAAGUAUGAAAUUACACAAAUGGUUGAAUUCCAAUUUGAAUGGAGACUUACUAGUCCUGAUCUAGAAUUUUAUGUGGUUCAAUAAUGCCUAGUAACUAUAGCAGAUGAUCCGGAAAUAAUUAUAAAUCCUACUUGAAGAUCACCGAUCAGGUUUAUUACUAUAAAUAUUAAUUUUAAAUUGUGUAAAUUUUUUUUUUUUUUUUUAAAGUUAAGCUGUUAACUAACAUACAACUUAGAUGGUUGUAAAUGAUUUAUUGUACGUAUGGCUAUGAUUCCGUAUGCAAUCUACCUAUGAAUUUAUGGUUAGGUCUACUAAAAAUUAAUAUUAUUUAACCAAUUUAAUCCAACAUCAACUUAUAAAUUGAAUAAUUUUUAAUGAUACAAUACUAUUUUAAAUAUCGCUAUAGGGCGUGAGAAAUCACCACACUUUUAGUUAUUAGUUAUUACAGUGGCGUCAUUUUUCAAUAGAGGGGGUCAACGAUUUAGCCCUGCCCGAAUAAGUAAAAAAAAUCGUCCACUUCCCUCGCAAGCAAAUAUCUAUUCACAUUUUAUCAAA